GGAUCGGACUUUUGAAACCUUAGAAAAGGCUCAUAAGGGUCAGACUCUUGAAACCUUAGAAAAGGUUCAUAAGGGUUGGACUCUUGAAACCUUGGAAAAGACUCGUAAGUCCAUUGGGUGUAAAUUUUUUCAGCAUUGA